ACUUUGACGUCUUGCGUUGCAUUAGCGGUAGUGAUUGCAGCGAGGUUAAUGGGUGCUUAUGUUGCGCCGUGGUUACAUUCGAGAAAAUUCGGGCGUUCUUGCGCCGCAUGCCGCAUCGCGCGGUCCUUGACUACGAUUCACGGAAGAUAAUGCACGCCGCCUAUAGUCCUUUUUAUUUUUUUUUCUUCGUAGAUUUUGCUUUCAGGUAUCUUUAUCUCUGCCAGCCUCUGGGGGCGUGACGUUCACUCGAGCUGUCCGUCUUAUCCGUAGCUUCUAUAUGUAUUGAAGUACGGGGCUGCAGGUUUCGCCGGCCGAUAGAACACGGUCGCUUACUGACACCGCAGUGGUUCGUCGUCUUCGCCUAAGUUAUCGGUGACGAAAUCGAAAUCAGCCUGCCAUGCCGUCAUCGAAGAAGCCCACAGAAGAUGAAACGAAGAAUAAAGACCUAGAAGAGGCGUGCAAGCCCGGACCUGCAUACAUGAAUGCCUACAGAGAUUUCGAAGGUCUGUACCUCAGCAAUACUUUCACGGAUAGAAACAUGCGCUCUGCUCUGUCCUACAAACCGCUCGAUGGAGACGUCUUUGUCGUGAGCUACCCGAAGUGUGGCACAACAUGGAUGCAAUACAUUGUGUAUGGCAUAUUCCGCAAUGGUGUGCCCCCUGCGAACCUCAUGGAGUUCAUGAACAUGGCUCCGUUCUUGGAGCUUGUAGGAGCCGAGGUCGCACAGACUAUGCCACGACCAAAUGCCGUCAAGACUCACCUGCCGUUCAACAAGCAGCCUUACUCGGCGAACGCCAAGUACGUCUACAUCACCCGCAACCCUUACGACUGCUGCGUGUCGUUCUACUACCACACGAGGAACAUUCCAAUGUACCUCUUCGAGGACGGCACGUUCGACCAGUUCUUUGACAUGUUCGUCGAAGGAAAAGUGGACUACGGCGACUACUUCGACCACCUCUUGUCCUGGUACGAACAUCGAGGGGACAGCAACGUGCUUUUCAUCACUUACGAAGACCUCAAGAAGGACACUCGUGGUUGGGUGCUCAAGAUCGCCGACUUCCUGGGUAAAGAGUACGGAGACAAGUUAAGGCAGAGCCCAGAUAUCUUCGAGAGGAUUAUGGCUACGACUAGCGUCGACUCCAUGAAGAAGAUUAACGCCGAGAUGAACAACUGGAUCAAAGAUUUGGCCAGCGUUCCCCUGGAGACGCUGCCUGAAGGGAUGAAGUCUUUAGUAGAAGCCAUGGGGAACCUGCUGGACAAGCCAAUCAAGGGAGACUUCGUGAGGAAAGGCAUCGUGGGGGACUGGCGGAACCACUUCUCACCGGAGCAGGUCUCCAGGAUGAAAGAACGAAUUGCACUCAAGACCGCCGGCAGCGAUGUCAUGGAGCUGUGGAAAGACGCGGGCUUGCCCUGAGUAUGAGCGCAAAUUGGUGAUUUUGCGUUCUGGCUGACGAAACCUAUGCAGCACGAGUGGACGGGUCAUUUAUGCGUUCUUUCUUCGAUGAGCCGUAGCUAGUGAAUAAAGAAAUGGAUGCUUCAGCA